ACUUCGAUUGGCGCUGGUCAUUUUGUCAAAUUCUACGUUAACCUGAUGUAUCCUCGCGAGAACGUUAUCGACCGUCCAUCCGCUGUGCCAUUCAUUAAUAGUACGUACGAGUGCACUUUCUGACAAUUUUCAUCGUGUUCAAUGUCCGUGUUCUAAUAAGUGUCAAAUUCAUGCGUUUCUUUUUCGAAAAAUUUUCUUCCAGAAUUUAUGAUAUUUCCGAUACGUAACGUCUGCGUAUUAUACGCUAAUAUAGAACUUACAUAUAGCGCACAAGUCGUAGAACGAUCGUGAAGCAGUGAAUCAAUAGUAAAAAGGAAAUUGUGAUAUGCGAUAAUACCGACUGAGACUUGGAUUUGUUUCUUUUCGAACCGCGUGGAAUAUUCAAGACGCUAUCGCGUGUAUUUGACGUACUCAAGUGAUGCUGGUUGUUUGGCAAGGAGCUCGCCGUUGCCUGAGUUGCAGCGGGCAGCGCACCCAUCAAGGCUACCAACUGCGUCGUCAUCGUGGAUCAAUCGGUGAUAAAAUUGACCGAUAUCAACUCGAUGGAACCCGGGAAGAUGCGGACUCGCUACUGCAGCUGAAACCGCCCCGUAGACUACGAAAGUCCGAAGGUCCGCAACCAAGACCGAUCACCAAAAACGACAUUUACUGCCACGGCGAGCUGUUGCACACGAUACAGAUGGCCUCGAUCUACAAGGACUCGAAAACGUUCGUCGACAUGAAGAUGAAACACCCGCCGAACGAAACGUUGCAGCUGUUUCGCGAAUUCAUGGAACGAUUCGAUCAAAUGCCGACCAGGCAACAGAUCGAGCAAUUCGUCAACGACACGUUCGAUCCCGAAGGAUCCGAGUUCGAGGAUUGGGAUCCGGCCGACUGGACCACUCGGCCGAAGUUUCUCGACAAAAUCCUCGACCAGGAGCUUCGCAAGUUCGGCUCCGACUUGAAUCACAUCUGGAAGAUGCUGGGUCGAAAGAUGAAGGACGACGUCCGGAUCAACGAGGAUCUCUAUUCGAUCAUCUACGUGCCGAACCCGGUUAUCGUUCCCGGCGGUCGAUUCCGAGAGUUUUACUACUGGGACUCGUACUGGAUCAUAAAGGGGUUGCUGCUCUCGGAGAUGUACAACACCGUCAAAGGGAUGCUGUCCAACUUCGUCUCGGUGGUAGACAAGAUCGGUUUCAUCCCGAACGGCGGCAGAAUAUACUACGCCAUGAGAACUCAGCCACCCAUGUUGAUCCCAAUGGUCGAGGAGUAUCUGAAAUCGACGCACGAUUACGGAUGGCUCGAAGAGAACCUUCACCUUCUCGAGAAGGAGUUCGAAUUUUGGAUGACCAAUCGAACGGUCGAGGUCGAGGUGGACGGAAUCAAGUACACUCUGGCCAGAUACCACGAGCAUUCUUCCGGUCCGCGACCAGAAUCCUACAAAGAGGAUUAUCUGACCAGCCAAAGUUUUCGUACCAACGAAGAAAAGGACAACUAUUACUCGGAGCUAAAGUCCGCCGCUGAGUCCGGCUGGGAUUUUUCUAGUCGAUGGUUCAUACUAGACGGCACGAACAAAGGUAACCUGACGAACUUGAAAACGAGAUACAUUAUCCCCGUGGAUUUGAACUCGAUAAUAUAUCGAAAUGCGCAGCUGUUGGCGCAGUACAAUCAGAGGAUGGGCAACGAAACCAAGGUGGCGUACUACCGGAAACGAGCGGCAGAAUGGAAGAGAGCGGUCACGGCCGUGCUGUGGCACGACGAAGUCGGUGCAUGGCUCGACUACGACAUACUGAACGACAUCAAGAGAGAUUACUUCUAUCCGACCAACAUUCUACCACUCUGGACCAAUUGCUACGACAUCGCCAAGAGAGAGGAGUACGUGUCGAAAGUUCUCAAGUAUCUCGAGAAAAACCAGAUCAUGCUGAACUUGGGUGGCAUACCGACCACCCUCGAGCACUCUGGUGAACAGUGGGAUUAUCCAAAUGCCUGGCCCCCUUUGCAAUACUUUGUGAUCAUGUCGUUGAACAACACGGAGGACCCGUGGGCGCAGAGGCUCGCCUACGAGAUCAGCCAGCGAUGGGUUCGCAGCAACUACAAGGCGUUUAACGAGACGCACAGCAUGUUCGAGAAGUACGACGCCACGGUAUCGGGUGGAUACGGAGGUGGCGGUGAGUACGAGGUCCAACUAGGUUUCGGUUGGUCCAACGGGCUCGUCAUGGACUUGCUGGACAAGUACGGCGACAGGUUAACCGCGGAGGAUCAUUUCGUGCUCGACGACGUGAUGGAGAAUUCUGCCCCGCAGCAGGUGGUCGUCUCCACCGCCGGACAAGUGAUGACCGGUAUUCUCGCCCUCGUGAUAACGUUGGCCGCGGGAUUCAUCGGGAUGGUGGUGUACAAGAGGCGGCAUUACUACGUUCCUGGGCCAUCCACGAUGCCGAACAAGAGAAAAGUGAUCUCGCCGAGCGGAAAUCUUUACCGAAAGAGGAUCGCCUACACCGAGCUAAAGGAUAUGAACAACGAUUGACGAUCGCUGCUCUUUUAGAGAGCCGAUUCGUUUAAAGCGACUCUUACAGCGCGACAAGAGCACACGAAGACGAGGGUAGAAUAAACGGAGCAGCGUAGGCGGGGAAAGGACAAUCGACGAGGAAGAACGGAUUUGGUCGAUCACUGCCGCUACCGUAACUUCUACCACCGUCGAGAUCGCGAUUCCGUUUCUCGUCGAGAUCUAUAGCAAGCUGGCUGACCACAACCCGUUCGCGUAUAUACAGUUUCGGAUCGUUCUCGCGACAACGCGAAUAUUCUCUAGCACUCGGAGUAGCGCUCGUGAGUAGUAGCGCAGGUGAGUCUAGCGUUCGUGUCCAGUGUCUUUGCUCGGUUUUUCGUUCGGUAAGAAUCGCUCGAGCGUUCGUUUCACACGGGGAAGGUGAACACGGAGCAACGGUGACGGUGACGGUGACACGGUAACGACUCGUUUUAUCGGCCGCCAAUAUACCAAAGUACGAAAGCUCGACUUUUCCGAAUCGACGAAACGGGUAUAUGUAACACGGGAGACGAUGUCGCGAGACGAUUCGGAACGCGACUGAGAAAAACGCCGGACGAACACAGCGGACAAAGCUCGUUUCCUCGCGCGCGCAUCCGCUCGUCCACGAAUUCUCGCAUCGACGCGAGUUCGACGAGUUCUCGUGCUCGCUAUAUUGUCCUCGAGUCCCACUACUACGCCGUUUCCCUUUCCCAUUUCCACCUUACGCGCUUGGCCUAAAGAGUGUCUCGUUCCACUGUUACGCGACAACCGUAUCCGACACUCGCGAACGCGUGUAUAUAUUUUCGAUAAACCCAUCGAUAAGGCCAAUAGAGUGUACUGUUAGGAGAGGAUGCGACGCGUGGAUCGUGUAUACUCGUCGAAACGCCGCAGGUGUGAACAUGGGACUGUGCAAAUGUGAGCGCUCUACGUACUUGCGCGUGCCUUGUUUAUAGGUGAGUUUAGAUCAUCGGUUCACGAUACCGGAAUUAAAAUUGUCGGUAAAAAUGUUGUAUUCUUGCGGAUGUUUUUGUAUAAAGAAAAAUCCGUUUAACCGCUUUGCGCGUUUAAUAGAAGCGACAAUGAGUGGUACGUAGCACCGUGUUUCGUUCUCGUUUGCAUCCACGCAUCCAUGCGUCCGAGCUGAUUGGCUCGAUGAAUCGCGAUGAUGCACGAUGCGUACUCUCGGUACUCUAUCACUAUCGGUCGCUCAAACGAUCAGGGACGAGGUUUCGCGAGAAUUGACCCCAACCGUCUUUCGUAUCGAAUCAUCGUCGUUUCGCGAUCGUUCUCGUCGCGUUUGCUUCGUAAAUAUUAUCGAAUCGAACAGAGAAAAAGGAAAUACGCGUCGUUUCUCUGUUCUCACUUGUAAAUAGUAACGCUGUAUUUCCAUCGUUCGAUGCGUCGGAAUCGAUGCGAGAAACGAGACGGAACGAAUCCGCGAAACAAUCUCGAUCGUUGUUUCGGCUUUGGAAUCGCUCCACGGAUAGAUUUACCGACGAAAGUUCGAUGAAAAACGAGUACGAAUCGCGAAACUAACCACCAACGGGGUACGAUCGAUUUUUGAUCAACAGAGCCGGAUGCACGCGUCGACAGACGAAUCCGAAGAUCGCGAGCGGUUCGAGUUACGCAGCAUGCAAACCGUGUGCGAUCAUUUGUCGCCGAGCAUCGAUCAACGAGCAUUGCGUUUUAAUGAGUUUUAACACUAUCGGAGCCAUUAGUUUUACCGUGAGCGACGCGAACAUAUGUAUAGAUAGAUAAAUAAAUAGAUAGAUAGGUAGAUAUAUAAAUAGAUAGGUAGAGAAUUUUGUGUUGCGAAUAAACGAAAACGCGCGUUCGAUCUUCCCGCGAAUCGGUCCAAGACCGAUGAAGCAGGAUAUUCGAUGUUUUACACUCGUGCAGGAUGAUGCGUCGUGAAUCGACCACUGUGCGACGCGCAGAUCAUUUUCGACGAGCAGGAUUUUAGGAAACUGUAAUUAUAUACAGUCGCGUCGACAUUCUAAGUCGAAGCUUACCAUUUUAGCGAAAUAACGACUGAAAUUAUGUAAUAAAGCUCUAGUUCUUCGAGAUAUCUUACGCAUUAUGGGUUUUGGUAAUUACGUAGUUUAGCGAUUUUUCUUUCUAAAGUCUUUAUUGUGUCGCUAAAAUGAAGAAUCAACCGGGAAGGGGGGCCAAAAAACUAAUUUAU